AUGUCAGACUUUGAGAUUGACAGGAAAGCUUUGCAGGAUCGUAUCACCUCUCUCACAGAAGAGAUGGUCCUCAAGGAUCAGUCCUCUGUGGGGGAAAUUACCGAAAUAACCAAAGACUACACCUUAAAGGUCAGUUCUCUUCAGGAGCAGAUGGAGGGGCUGCAGCAGUCCUUGAUAGAUAAAGACAAAAUUAUUACGACAAAUCAAAGUCUGAUGUCAGACUUUGAGAUCGACAGGAAAGCUUUGCAGGAUCGUAUCACCUCUCUCACAGCAGAGAUGGUCCUCAAGGAUCAGUCCUCUCUGGGGGAAAUUACCGAAAUAACCAAAGACUACACCUUAAAGGACUUUGAGAUUGACAGGAAAGCUUUGCAGGAUCGUAUCACCUCUCUCACAGAAGAGAUGGUCCUCAAGGAUCAGUCCUCUAUGGGGGAAAUUACCGAAAUAACCAAAGACUACACCUUAAAGGUCAGUUCUCUUCAGGAGCAGAUGGAGGGCUGCAGCAGUCCUUGA